UAUUUCAUAUCCGGUAUUGAAGUGAUUCACGUCUGCUCAUCUCAUCAAACGUUGACAGCUUGCUAUUGAUAACUGCCGAAGGGAAUCUGACAGUAAUAUGUCGGUGGAAAGUGACACCGGAGUUACGCCUUGUCGUCUUUCGGAUAACUGGAAACUGCGCUUAAAACGCCUGUGUUCUCAAUGCCAGGUUUUGAAAGGAAGAAUGUCAAUAUGAUGGACAAGUAGGAGAUAUUUAUGAAUAUUAAAUUUUAAUGCUCCUUUCAAAGAUAUCUGUAUGGCACAGUUAGUGGAUGGAGAUAAUUCCACUAUUGAAACUUCCCUUGAUGAUGUGCUUGUUACUGCAUUACGUGAGAAUUAUGAGAUCAAAAGCGGUUGCCAUGUAGACCGCAAUGAAAUACUUCAAUUCCUGCGCUCUGUCAUUGGAAAUCAUCCUAAGCUAGGAUUUGUGCUUCAGUAUCGAGACACAAAACUGUCAAGUCGAGUUUAUAAAGCUUUUCCAAAAGUGACUACAAAGAGAAUUGCUGUAUCAAAUAUCCGUGGCAAGAAAAUAUGGACUUACACCAAUUUACAAAGAAUAAGAGGGCAAGAUUGCCAAGAACCAAAUGAUGCUAAAUUGCCUGAAACAAAGUUUACUGACUUUGAUAAAAUGGGCACUCCAUCAACAAACCAGAAACAAGGAAAGACAUUGUCUAAGAGAAAGAAGAAUUUUCACUUUGCUUCCAUGGUUGAGCGAGAAUUGUUGUUUGAUCAAUAUCCAAAGAAAUUUGAACGAAUUGAGAAGACAAAAGGAAAGAAUGAUUCACCAUCUCAGUAUUCAUUCCUUGGACGCUUUCAUGAGAUGUCGAAAUGGAUAAAAGAUCAUUUUAUCAUGGAAAGAAAUUCUUCUGUUCAAGUCAAACAUGUUGUGGAAAGAAUUAGAACAGAGUUUAAGAUUAACAUUACCUAUAAACAGUCACAUAAACUGAUAUUUUCAGUUUUUCCAGGGGUUUCAAGUUAUGUACAGCAUCCGGUUAAAAUUGAAACUCAUGGUGAUUGUUAUUUGUAUGAAGGUAUCUGUCCAAAACCAGAAAAUGGAUCACCCAAUUCCAAUGAAAGUGGACAAAAUAUAAACAUGAUACAUGCCAGAGACAUGUUGGAUAUGAUGAGUAGUUCUGAUGAGAGCACUGUUGACAAUAAAAAACGAGUGUUUCGCACUCGUAAAAGGUUCAUUGAGGCAUGUGCAGUACUGAAGCCUGCUGAGGAUGCCAUAAUUUCAUCAAAACAACUUCCCAGCACAGCAUCUACUCAUAUGCCAAAGGUGGUCACCGAAUCAUCAUCUGAGUCAAACACUUAUGAAGAUGGUAGUGAAACUUUUAAGGACUUGCCGAAGAAUUCAGAUGUCUUGUCAAGGUCAGAAGUGAGCACUAUAGAUACAUCAGAACCAUAUGGAAUGUCAGAGUUUAAUAAUGUGGAAAGGUGUGAUUGGCCAAGGCUGUAUGAGGAAAUGAAACAGGAUAGAGAUCAGGCAAUUUUGGAAAGAAAUCAAGCUAUGAUUUCCUUGAUGGAAAUUGAAAUCCCACCGCAACAUCAGAUGAACUGGGCAUACAAUCAGUGUUCUAAAUGGCCACAGAGGUCAAGCAGAUCAUUAAGAAAUCAUGACUUUGAUGAAUACUGUCUUGGGCUGAACAACCGUUACUGCUCUGGACAAGGUUCCUCUGGUCAAUCCAUGAAAAUGGAUCGUUUCGAACGAAUGAAAUGGGAACGUGAUGCACUGUGGAAAACUUGGACUGACAGAAUAACAGCAGAGAAAGAUGGUGUUAUUCAGCAACUUAAGUUGGAUAAAAUGGAGGUGAUUCAACGAAUGGAAUUAGAGAAAAGUGAUGCAGUCGAGUGUGUGGAAGAGAAACUGACGAAUCAGAUUACGAUUCUAACGCGAGAAAUGAGGGAACUUAAAGAACUAUUGAACCACACAAUGAACGAGAGAGAAGCUGUUAUUGAAUACGCUUAUAAAUUAAAAAAACUAUUGGAUGAGGAUAAAUUAAAAACAGAAGGCUUAGAGACGUUUCCUCUUGAGGCAACCGUCGACAAUGUGAUUAAGUUACGACGUCAGAAAGAAGUUGGUGGUGUUGAGUCUAGCGUCAAAUCCAUUUCGUCCAACGUUAAAAAUAACAAAAGGAAACAGACAAUUCCAGCUAAACUGAAGAAAUCAUUCCGACGUACUAAUUAUUUUUAUGAAAACGCUUCAGUUUGCGAUCAAUCUUUGAGUGCCAGAUCUACUCGUAUUAUCGAUAAUGAAGAGCUGUACAAUAAGAACAACAAAGUUAUUUCAAAUAUUGACAAUGUAACACAAGAUAGUUGUAGCCGUGAUGCUAUCGAUGAAGAUGAAUGUUCGAAUAUACUUGAUAAAAAUGUUACCAAUUCAACGAAUGAUUUGAAUUCUGACGAUAUAAUUGAAGAAGGUUUGGAUGAUGUGAACGUAGUCAGUAUGGCUCUUGAUGAUGUUAAUGACGAAAAAGCUCGUGUUGAUAAAAUGGAGAUCACCGUCUCGUCUUCAAGCACUCAAUCUUCUCUACUUCCUUUACAAAAAACUUCAAUUGAUGAAGUUGAAGAUGGUAAAAACAGGAUAAGCGAUGUAGGAUCAAUCCAAAAUAAUCCAUUUCAAACGGAGGAUCCUGAUGUGCUGAAUAAAAAACAGUUGUUUGGCGAAAAAGCCUUUCAAGGAAUCCAGAAAUCAAUCACAAAUAUUAACGGUGAUUCUGAAAACUCUGUGUGCUUGGUAACAGCGUCCUCGAAAAAUGAGAACACACGAAGUUUCGAGGAAUCUAUGAAGUCCACGUUUAUGAAAUAUUUGCCAGAAAUUUCUGACAAUUCCCACGGUUCGUCAAAUCACCCACAAUCCAGUGAUUCUCCGAAAUAUUUUCAACAUUCCAGAAAUCUCUUUCACGACAAUGAUGAAAUGCCUUCACAGGAAAACAAAGUAUCAUCCAUUCAUUUUUUGACAUCAAUGGUCGAUAAUAUUGGAAAGCCAAAUGUGUCCUAACGGAUUCAUUUCCCGUGGAAAUGUUGACUAGUAAAUAUUCAAAAUGCUGCCGGUUUACAUCUCCGUUUAUGGUGAAAUCGGAUUUGAUACGCAGGAAAAGUUUUAAAGCAAUUUAUAAAUGACCUUUUUAAAAACACGGGCGCUGAUUGGUUGAAUACUCAAAGUAUUAAUACCAAUAAGUUUAUCUUUUAGUGUCGUUUUUAAAAGGCUAUUUUUAUAAAGUAAAUAGAAAACACUUUAUUUGUUUUCUCUUUCUCCAAAAUUUUUUCGCAUCUUUCUAAAACUCAAAAAAAAAGAUUUUUUUUGCAAGAUUUUAUUUUGGAGGGCAAAACACCUCCAACGUGUUACUUACAUAUAUAAAAGAACCAUGGUAUGGAAGAUUUGUAUGUGUGAGUUUUCAACGUCAAUAGAACGAGCAUAGCAUGAAAAACAUAAUAGAAAGUUAAAUUAAAAGGACAUUAGAAAAUCAAAAUAUUAAUCUUUGGCUUAAAACUAUCAUUUGUAUAAAAAUGUAUUGGUCAACAUGAAUGUAGUGUAAACUUUAUUAAACUGUUAAGGAACAUAGUGUGGAAAAAAGUAUUAUAAAAUAACAUAAGCAAAA